CUUGUGGUUUACAGUGUCACCAAAGAUCCUGAAUGGAAUUACUUUCUUGGAGCUCGUGAGUCCAUCAGCCCAUCUGUGUACUCUCUGUAUAAUGUGGUUUCAGCCAUGUUCGUAUGCAAUUUGUGGUUUUCCCAACUCUCUCCCUCUCUCUCUAAUUAUGAAAAUAUACAGUAAAGGAAUGUCAGAUGGAAUGGCUGUUCGAAAUGCUGAGAUCCUCUUCUUGCUAUUGACUCUUAUCCAGCCCUUCAUCCUUCUGAGCUUCCCACAAAGUAUAGGCUACACGUCAAACACGUUAGGAUAUUUGAGGGAGAGUUGGGAAAUAUCACCAGAACAACUACGGUAUAUCCUUACAGAAUAAAGUGUGCUAAAAAAACUGAUACACUCCUGAACCACUGUUCAGAGAAGCAGGUGAUUUUUGCCAACCAUGCCACUGGGUGAAUGGGUGUCACAGCUCUCCGACCCUACUAGUCCCCCUGGGGAUUGCUGAUCUGCAACGUUAAUGUUGAGUGUGCUGUGUUUCAAGGUGUUAAGGAAAAUGCAGAGACGGCACAGCAGCAACACUGAUAGCCUUCCUCCGGAAAGAAGCCGGAGUCAGACGGUCAGUUCUGAGACCAGCGUGGAUGAAGGUGGAGUUUUCGAAGGUUUGAAGGCCGAAACUCCCUCACCCCAGCAGCUUUUCUCAGGGCUGGCAGGCAUCCCAUCUGGUACCAUCCCAACUACCCCGUUCCAGUCAGGUUUGGUCCUGGGUUCCUCAGCAGGAGGCGGGGAUGUGUUCAUUCAGAUGCCAGCCCCAAGGGAAGAAGGGGCCAGCCGAACAGAAGGAGCUCCGUUCCACCACCGUCAGCAGCCCCAUCACUAUCACCAUGGCCACCAUCGGGGAUCCUCUUUGCUGCACAUGGCUAGUGGAGACCGCCACGGACAUGCAGAAGACAAUCCUGAGGACCAGCCUGGGACUCCUGCGCCUGCCCUCUCGGAGCUGAAGGCUGUGAUCUGCUGGCUCCAGAAGGGGCUUCCCUUCAUCCUGAUACUCCUGGCUAAAGUUUGUUUCCAGCAUAAGCUUGGGAUUGCUGUGUGCAUUGGUAUGGCCAGCACAUUUGCAUAUGCUAAUUCAACUCUCCGAGAACAGGUCUCUUUGAAGGAGAAGAGGUCGGUGCUGAUUGUCUUCUGGAUCCUGGCUUUCCUCCUGGGGAAUACCUUAUACUUGCUUUACACUUUCAGCUCCCAGCAGCUAUACAACAGCCUGAUAUUUCUGAAACCCAACCUGGAGAGUCUGGAUUUCUUUGACCUGAUGUGGACUGUGGGGAUCACGGACUUCGUACUGAAGUAUCUCACCAUCUCUUUGAAAUGCCUGGUCGUUGCCCUGCCUAAAAUCAUUCUGGCUGUCAAGUCAAAGGGGAAGUUUUAUUUGGUUAUUGAAGAGCUGAGCCAGCUGUUCCGCUCGCUUGUCCCCAUCCAGUUGUGGUACAAAUACAUCAUGGGGGAUGAUGCAUCCAGCAGCUAUUUCCUAGGAGGGAUCCUGAUCAUACUGUAUAGUCUCUGCAAGUCUUUUGACAUCUGUGGCCGUGUGGGGAGUGUCCGGAAGGCACUGAAGGUCCUUUGCACCCCUCAGACCUAUGGAGUCCGUGCAACCAGCCAGCAGUGCAGUGAGGCUGGAGACAUCUGUGCUAUUUGCCAAGUGGAGUUCAGGGAACCUUUGAUCCUUAUGUGCCAGCAUGUGUUUUGUGAAGAGUGCCUCUGCCUGUGGUUUGACAGGGAGAAGACCUGUCCUCUUUGUCGGUCCAUCGCAGUGGAGACUCUGCGCUGUUGGAAAGAUGGCACUACCUCAGCUCACUUCCAGGUUUAUUAACCCCAACACGUACCAGGAUCAGGAUGACCUAUGAGCAGACAGAAGAAAAAGCUGGGAAACUCCUUGCUUCCAAGUAUUUAAUGGGUUGUUGUCUCGGUCUUUCACACAGCUCUCUCUCUCCAUCCAACCGGGGUGUUGGCAUGUUGUUACGUCUCUAGCAGGGAUCAGAGUCCAUUAGCAUGAAGAGUCUUCUAAGGAGAGGGAAGGGGAGUAGGUUUUCAGUGCUUCAGAGUCAGAAUCCAUCCCUGCCACUCUUCACUGCUAACUUGGGCCUGAGGUCCUUGCUUGAACUUGCUGUCUACAGCACAAAUUACGCCAGGCUGGCUCCUCUUUGUCUAUUCUCUUGGUGUACAUAAAUGUCGUGUUUGUAGGGAAAACAUGAUGAGAGUUUCCCAUUAUAUGUGUGUAGUCCAUAAUAUUAGAGGAAAGCUUUCCUCAGCUGACUUGUGAGAGGACAGCAGACUGGAGUUAUGUCAUUAAACCAGCCUCCUGACUCCCCAGAAUCUGUCAUCAUAAAGUUACAUUGCCAUUAUUGUAUUACCUGGGGAAACAUGUCAGAGUCACUGCUUCAGUACCACUGGUUCAGAGGUUCAUUUAGGGUUCUGGGAGCGGUCAGUGGCCGAUAGCCCUGUUGUUGUCAUUGAUACCAUAAAAUACAUGGGUUGCCAUCUUGAUCUUUAUGAAACCUCAAGAAAAAUAGCAGAGGGCCAUAUUAAAGAGACUAAGAGGGGUAUGUAUCUGGAUGUGGCCAGCCUGCCUGCAAACAGACAAUAUUUCGAAAUCCCCUAUCAUGGUGACAACUCCUCUAAUAAAAGCGAUCAGUGGCCCCCUCCUUCUAUGAGGAUUGUGUGAAAUAGAUGCAGGGUGCAUUUUACUUGAGAGGUUGUUCAUUAUGAGGACCUUGCAAUCGGGUUCCACCAUCCAGGGUAGACUGGGACAAACUUUCUCUAUUGAUAAACCCCAUCUCGCCUAAACAAGCAAAUGCCUCGGCUUCAGAAAACGCUUUUCAAGGACAGAGGCUUGUACCCUUAAUAGGCAAAUGAACAGACUAGAUGCUGGAGUAGCACAAGUCUGUAUUCUGCUGUCACAGUGUCUGUCGAGAAUCUUACGCUGGCACUAGGAUGCCAAUGGAUUUGAUGUUUGUUCACUGGCUCUCGAGCUGGAGCUCUCUCUUUCGCUAGACGAUUUACUUUUUGCCGAAUGCACGGAGAAAUGGCCUCAUUAAGCAAUCAUGGCAUCUUCCAUGCUCAUUACUAUGGAAAUGGCCGUAAGGUUACAAUCCCACUUGACUGGAUAAUCAAGCAGGAAGAACUGUACCUCAGGGAAACAGGGUGGCACGUGUGUAUUGGUUGCUUUCCUCCCCUCCUACUGUAAAGCCUCCUUGGGGGAAAAAUUAAAGCAAACAGGAGCUAAUGGCAACUGGGUUUUGUCUUAACUUUCCUUGGAAAAAAUAGGACAAAGGAGAAAUGACGGAGGCAGAAUCUGAAUCAAACCUGAAUUAAGAGAGAGAUAGGAUGAAGGGAGAGGAGAAGAGGCUUUGCCCCACAAAAUGGGGUGAGGUGCCUUUGUUAAAAGCCUCUUUAGAAAGGCAUGGACUAAGCCGAACAGUCCUCUGGUUGUCUCCAAAGGAAAGGUCUCUUAGAUUCUGUAGGAAACAGGAGAGAUUUCCAACUGGCAUAAAAUUUCGACAUGUGAAUCAUAGCCUGAGUGAACCUUUAUCUGGGUGGAAUGGCAAAUUGCUGACUCUGCAAGGAAGCACAGGUGAAUGUAGAAUGAAUGGGUUCAGUUCUGUGUGGAAUACCAUGGAGUGAAACUGAUAGGUUAAUGUGUAGCUUCUGCUUUCUAGAGUCUCAAGGCUGUUCUGAAAACCUUGUUCCAAGUAGGAGUGACUAUUUCUUUGCUUGCCUUUGGGAACUACUGCAAAAAUCAGUGUUGUGGGGAAUGAUGGUGAAGUGUAUCAAAAUGUUAAUAGGAAAAAGAUUAAAACUACUGAAGGCAUUUGA